CCAUUUAUUUUGAUGGGGAGAAGAAGAAUCUCAAGCAUUAACUAAUGGUGGUUGACAACCUGACAGAAUACAACUACAUCUGCCCCCAAUGUUGCACAUUGAAGGACCAAAACUGAAAAGUGAAGUGAAAACCCAACGCAGUGAAUCGUUGGUUGCCUUGCCUUCUUCCUCCUCCUCCUCAGCUUUCCCCAAACCCCAGCUCGGAAAAGAAAAAAGAAAAAAGCUUUCCCAAACCCCAACCGCACUCCAUUCGCCGACCGAUCAGUCCAACAAUGUCGAAGAGACAUCGGACGGCGGCUUCAGACCCGUGGGACGACGACCAGGACAUGCCGCCGCAGAAGGCGCCCCCGGGGAUCCACAGGUCGGUCUACCUGGAAUGGCGCGCCGGGGCGGCCGGGCGCCUCCGCGACGUCCGCGACAACCUCCGCCUCCUCGCCCCGCCGCCGCCGCCGCCCGCUUCCCAGGAGGCCGGCCUCCGCGCCCUCGGCCUCCUGGACUUCGUCCGCCUGCGCCCCAACGACGCGCCCCCGCGCCGCGACCUCGUGGCCGCGCUCGUCGCCAACUACAAGCAGUUCUACGAGUGGAGCUACGCGCGCGGCGCCUUCGUCAAGGUCAGCCUCGACGCCUUGGCCGACGCGCUCCGCCUCCCGCCUCCGACGGAGGGCCCACCCGACGCCGCCGCCGCCGCUGCCGCCGCGCCCCCCGGGCUGGCCUCCGCCGCGGAGUGGUUCAUCGAGGCGUACAUCCUGAAGCCGCUACGCGCGCGCGCCGCCGCGGAGGGACGGCCGCGCAGGCUGCCCAGCGAUGUGGACCUGGCGCUGUACAGGGCGAAGUUCGGGAUGGUGCAUAAGGUGGACUGGAGCCGCCUCAUCUGGGACCUCGCCGAGAAGGAGAUGGUCGACCUGAGCAAGGGGAGAAGGCCCGACUGGACAUGCCACUAUGCCGCCUACCUGCAGAGGCUCAUCUGGGUGGACAAUCCGGGCCUCUUCCAGCCGGCAUUGCCAUUGCUCGGCCUCGGUGGGGAUCAAAAUCUCCCUUCAGAGCUCCAGUCCAAGAUGCAGGAGGUCGAAGCGAGAUCCAAGCUGCUCGACGCGAGAUCCAAGCUGCUGGACACCAGAGCCGAGCACCUUGAAUCCAAGUCCAAGGAACUGGAAGAACGGGCACUCGCAAGCAAGACACUAACAGAGUUAGAGCUGCUCAACCGGAAUCUGCUCGCCGAGAAAGAAGCAAUCAACAGUGAGCUGGUAGGAGUGCAGGAGGAGCUGGGAGAAGCAAGGAAGCAGCUAAUGCAGCUAGAUGAUAGCAUGGAAUCAAUGAAAUCGUUGAGUAAGGCUCUGUUUUCUAGGGAAAGAAAGAGCAAUGCUCGGUUGCUAAAUGCUCGGUGGGCUCUGGUUACCAAGGAAAUCAAGGGCAACGGUGACUUAGAAAGCCAUCAGGAAGAGCUAGCCGAGCUGCAGGAUGGGAUGCAAGGACUGAAAUCCCUCAACCAGGUUCUGUGUUCUAGGGAAAGAGAAAGCAAUGUUCAGUUGCUAGAUACUCGCUGGGCUCUGGUUACCAAGGAAAUCAAGGGCAACGGUGACUUAAAAAACCUCCGGGAAGAGCUAGCCGAGCUGCGCGAUGGGAUGCAAGGACUGGAAUCCCUCAACCAGGUCCUGGUCACUAAGAACCUAAUAGACAACGACAAACUGCAAGCGGCUCGGAAAAAGUUGAUCGAUGGCUUGAUGGUGGCCACAAAUGGCAGGGCAAACAUAGGCCUGAAGAGGAUGGGGGAGCUCGAUCCAAAAGCGGUUGCAAAUGCUUGCCGACCGAGAUUGUCACAAAAGAAAACUCUUAUUCUCUGUUCCAAGUGGGAGGCUGAAAUCAGAAACGCAGGUGUUGUGCUGCCGUUCAUUGUUGAACUGGCCGAUGGUCGCUCAUCCGUCUUCAACUGCUGCUUACUCGGUUUGUCGUGAAACAAUGUGCAUUCAGGAAUUGAAGCCGGAAAAGAAGAUGCAGGGCCGUUCCUAGAUGCUCCCAUCCAUAACCCAAAUCCUCCAGAUGCCUCAUCAGUAUCAAGAGAUUGUGACGCCGAUAUUGAUCUCGCAUGUGUGGUUCUAACACGAGAAAUUAUGUUUCUAGAUCAUAAUGUGUGGAUGAAGGUCUACGAUGGUGGACUGGUUUUGCAGGAAAUUGGACGCUUGGAGGCCAUGGCGUGGCACUGUGAGCCUUUAUGUGCAAGUGCAAAAGAUCUGGUAGAUGGCCUGUGCCGACUAGGCAUUUUCCUUUCCUUUGAGAAAAACGAUGACCAUGCACACAAUG